CCUAAUACAAAUUGAUGACGGACUUUGCGUGCCCUUGCAAUUGAUAAUAAAUAAACAAAAUAAUAAAGAAUAAUAAAAAUAAAUAAUAUAAAAUGUUAAAAAGUUAAAAACAUUGCCACUUCUCUUGUUGAAUGUAAUCUCAUCUUAAAAUGAUAACAAAAUAUCUUGCAAGUACUGUCAAAUGUAUCUUUUUUUUUCUUCUUUUUUUUUCAUAUAUUUUUUUGUUAUAUCAUCAGUCAACGCUGGUUGAUCAUUACAAUCACCUCGUCAUUGAAUAAUACACUAAAAUCAUGUACGGAAUAUAUUUUUUAAAAUACUCAGGAUUACGUAUUUCUAUUGCUUCGAGAUUUGCUUCAACGAAAAAUGGAUUUUGGCAGCCAAAAAAUCAACCAAGUACAGAAUUACGUAGACAAAUACAAACAUCAGACAAACCACGUCGUGCAACAUUUACUGAUCGUAGUCAGCUUAAAUAUGCAAGAAGAUUAGUUGUUAAAUUGGGAAGUGCUGUUAUAACACGUGAAGAUGAACAUGGUUUAGCAUUAGGUCGUUUAGCUUCAAUUGUUGAACAAGUUGCUGAACGUCAAAUUGAAGGACGUGAAUGUAUUAUGGUUACCAGUGGUGCAGUUGCAUUUGGUAAACAAAAACUAACUCAAGAAUUAUUAAUGUCUCUUUCCAUGCGUGAAACACUAAGUACAACUGAUCAUACACGUGAACAUGUAGUAACACUAUUGGAACCUCGUGCAGCAGCAGCAGUUGGACAAUCUGGUUUAAUGUCACUUUAUGAUGCAAUGUUUGCCCAGUAUGGUGUUAAAAUUGCUCAGGUACUCGUGACAAAACCAGAUUUUUAUAAUGAAGAAACACGUAAAAAUUUAUUUAGUACAUUGAGUGAAUUAAUUAGUUUAAAUAUUGUACCAAUAAUAAAUACAAAUGAUGCUGUAUCACCACCACCACAAGCUGAUGAAGAAGUUGCUGGUGGUGGUGGUCGUCGUGGUAUAUCAAUAAAAGAUAAUGAUUCAUUAGCAGCAAUGUUAGCUGCUGAAGUACAAGCUGAUUUAUUAAUAUUAAUGUCUGAUGUUGAUGGUAUUUAUAAUUUACCACCAUGGCAAGAUGGUGCUAAAAUGCUACAUACAUUUACUUCUGAUUUACGUGGUACAAUUAAAUUUGGACAAAAAUCAAAAGUUGGAACUGGUGGAAUGGAUUCAAAAGUUAAUGCUGCAUUAUGGGCACUUGAUCGUGGUGUAUCUGUUGUUAUUUGUAAUGGUACACAAGAAAAAGCCAUUAAAAGUAUUAUGGAAGGAAGAAAAAUUGGUACAUUUUUUACUGAAACAACAAAUCCAUCAGUACCAAUUGAUUUAAUUGCUGAAAAUGCACGUAUUGGAUCAAGACAAUUACAAGCACUAACACCACAACAACGUGCAUCAUGUAUUAUAACAUUAGCUGAUUUAUUACAAACAAGAAAAACUGAAAUACUUGAUGCUAAUCGUAAAGACAUUGAAGAAGCUGAAAAAAGUGGUUUAUCAAAACCAUUAUUAUCAAGAUUAUCAUUAACAUCAUCAAAGCUAAAAUCACUUAGUAUUGGUUUACGUCAAAUUGCUGAAUCAUCAUUAAAUAAUGUUGGAAGAAUAUUAAGACGUACUAAAAUAUCAGAUGGUUUAGAAUUAAAACAAAUAACAGUACCAAUUGGUGUUUUGUUAGUUAUAUUUGAAUCAAGACCAGAUAGUUUACCACAAGUUGCUGCAUUAGCAAUAUCAAGUGCAAAUGGUUUAUUAUUAAAAGGUGGAAAAGAAGCAAUGCAUAGUAAUAAAUGUCUUAUGAAUAUUGUUGAUGAAGCAUUAAUAACAGUUAAUGCUAAAAAUUCAAUAUCACUUGUAUCAACACGUGAAGAAAUUAGUGAUUUAUUAUCAAUGGAUCAACAUAUUGAUCUUAUUAUACCAAGAGGUAGCUCAGAACUUGUUAGAACAAUACAAGAACAAUCAAAACACAUACCAGUAUUAGGACAUGCUGAAGGUAUUUGUCAUGUUUAUAUUGAUAAAGAUGCUGAUUUAGAUAAAGCUAUGAGAAUAAUUAAAGAUUCAAAGUGUGAUUAUCCAGCUGCAUGUAAUGCCAUGGAAACAUUAUUACUUCAUGAAUGUCAUUUGAAAAAUUCAUUUUUUACUGAUGUAUGUAGUAUGCUACAAAAACAAGGUGUUAAAAUUAAUUCUGGACCAAAGCUAAGAGAACAAUUGACAUUUGGACCACCACCAGCAAAAAGUAUGAAAAUUGAAUAUGGAUCACUUGAAUGUACAAUUGAAGUUGUUGAUGAUCUAGAUGAAGCUAUUAAUCAUAUUCAUAAAUACGGAAGUUCUCAUACAGAUGUUAUUGUAACUGAUAAUGAAAAAACAUCAAAUUAUUUUAAACGUGAAGUUGAUAGUGCAUGUGUUUUUUCAAAUGCAAGCUCACGUUUUGCUGAUGGUUAUCGAUUUGGUUUAGGUGCUGAGGUUGGUAUAUCAACUGCACGUAUUCAUGCACGUGGACCAGUUGGAGUUGACGGACUUUUAACUACCAAGUGGGUGCUUCAUGGUGAAGGGCAUACAGUUGAAGAUUUUAUUGAAGGAGGUCCAAGAACUUACGAGCAUCAAUCGCUUUCAAUCGAUUGAAUUUUUAAAAAAAUUAUCCAACUACUUGUAGAAUUAUUUGAAUCAAAAAAAAACCUAUUUAUCAUGAUUUUUAAAUUUUUUUUUAUCAAAAAAAAAAACAAGUAAAUAAUACCUGUGAUUUUAUAGACAUUUUUAUGUGUGUAUAUAUUUUUUUGUGCUAAAAAAAAAAAGUUGUAUUAUUAUUUGUUGAAAUUGUAAUUUACUUUAUCAUUUAAUAUAUUAUUUUUUAAGUGAUAAAUCACAAGGUAAAAAAAUUAUUAAUAAAGUUUUAUUGCCAGCUUAAAAAACAUGAGGAAAAAAAAAUAAAAAAAAAAAAUUGAAAUUUACACAAAAUAAAAUUAAGAGAAAAAAAAAAAAAAGAGUUUCAUAAAGUUUUACAACGUUUUAUAUCAAGUGUAAAAAUAUGUUGCAACUUAUAAAAAAAAAUCAAAUUUACUAUUUGGUGAUAUAAUAUAAAAUUCAAAUAUGAUUCAAUAAAAUAAAAAUUGUUGAUUUUGAAACUUUAAAACUUAUAUAUUAUUUUUUUCACUUGAUAAAUUUCAAGUAUUUUUUUCUGAAAGUAUAAACUAGAUUAUUGCUGAUUUAUCAUUGUCAGUUAAAAAAAAUAAAUAUAUACUUUGUAAAA